UGAUAUGAUCUAAUUGUGACUUCCUUUCUUUUUUUUAAGAUUAUUUUUCCUGAAAUAAAAUAAGAAUUUGAAGGAUGGUCGCCUAAUGAAGGAAGAGAAGAGGAAGUUCGGGAAGGUCUGAAGCAGAUCGAGAUUUGGCGAUGAAGUUCGGGAAGAGCCUCAGCAGUCAGGUAGAGGACGCGCUGCCGGAGUGGAAGGACAAGUUCCUCUCCUACAAGCACCUCAAGAAGCGCCUCAAGCUGGUCCACUCCGCCGCGUCGCCGCCGGCGAAGCGCCCCCGCGUCGACGAGGCCGAUGCGGAUUCGGCGGAAUCGGUGAUGACUCGGGAGGAGGAGGAUUUCAUUAGCCUCCUCGAGGCCGAACUCGACAAGUUCAAUGCCUUCUUCCUCGAGAAGGAAGAGGAGUACAUCAUUCGCCAGAAGGAGUUGCAGGAUCGUGUAAAGGCGGCAAUUGUGGAAGAUUCAAAAGAGGAGUUGAUGAGGGUGAGGAAGGAAAUUGUGGACUUUCAUGGGGAGAUGGUCCUCCUUGAGAAUUACAGUGCACUUAAUUACACUGGGCUUGUAAAGAUACUCAAGAAAUAUGAUAAGAGAACUGGGGCACUUAUGCGGCUUCCCUUCAUCCAAAAGGUGCUGCAGCAGCCUUUCUUCACCACUGAUCUGCUCUACAAGCUUGUCAAAGAGUGUGAGUCUAUGCUGGAUCGCAUCUUCCCCAAGAACGAGCAAUUUGUGUCGGUCAACGACACCGGGAGAGAACCAAGAGAAGAUAAUCCCUCAAUACCCGGGUCAUCAUUUGUCGGCAGCAAGGUUCCAGAGUUGGAGGAGAUUGAGUACAUGGAGAGCCUAUACAUGAAGAGCACUGUCGCUGCAUUGAGAUCUCUGAAAGAGAUCAGAAGUGGAAGUUCCACAGUGAGUGUUUUCUCAUUGCCCCCCUUGCAGAACACUGGAUUGGAUGAGACGUGCAAAAACAUUCCUGUGGUAAAACAAGCAGCAAAGUAGCAUCUGGGUGCUCUGUUCUUGGAGUCGCUCCCUGUUUCUUAUAAGCUAAUAUGCAAUAGUUUACAGAGUUCUGAAUACUUGUGCAACAAUGCAGUGACUAUGUGCCUUGACAAUGGUUUAUCCUUAAAUGGUCUGUUUAGUCUACCUUGUUUGCUGCCUGUGGUCUCUUGAAUAUUAAACUCUAUUCGUGAAAUAAAUUUCCAUUUUCUUUUUCUUUUUCUCUA